CUCUGUCUGUCCGUUAGCGAUGUCAGGUGUGCGCCAUCAGCAGAAUUAAUUUGUUCGUGUGGGGGCGGGGCUUCGCUUGAACCCAGCCCGCCCAGUCUCAUCUUAACCACGCCCACUCCGCCCAGUCCCAAUGUCCGGCCAGUAUCACGCUGUACUUGAGCAACUUUUCCUUGAGCCGGCGGGCCGCCAAGUCUAAGCCGCCCAGCGACCACAAAAGCCGGCAUGUCGUUUCUGGAUCAACCCUGGUGCCCCACCAGCGUCCAGGUGACCGUGCUUCAAGCCCGUGGCCUCAGGGCGAAGGGCAAAGGCGGCACCAACGACGCCUACGCGCUCAUGCAAGUGGGCAAAGAAAAGUACCAGACUUCGGUGGUGGAGAAGAGCGUGGCUCCCGUGUGGAAGGAGGAAGCCGCCUUCGAGCUGCCGCAGCACGGCGCGGGAGGGGAGCGAGGCACGCUGCGCGUUCACGUCCUACACCGAGCCCUGGUGGGACCUGACAAGCUGCUGGGUCAGGCCGUCAUCGACCUGGUGCAGCUCGCACAGGACAAGAACCGUAACAAAACCGAGUGGUUCAAGUUACUGGACAAGAGCGGCAAGGCGGACAAAGACCGAGGCGAGGUGCUGGUGGACAUCCAGUUCAUGAGGAACAACAUGACGGCCAGCAUGUUCGACCUCUCCGCCGCGGGCAAGUCUCGAUCCCGCUUGGGCAAGCUCAAGGACAAAGUCCGGGGCAAGAAAAAAGAAUGGGACGCGCCGGCGGCGGCGUCCACGCAGGUUCUCACCGACAGCGAGGAAGAAGAGGACGGGGAGGCAGCUGCGGGCAAAGAGGAGGAGGAGAAGAAGAAGAAACCGAAAAUCAAGUCUUUGUUUUCUCACAAGUCGAACCUGCAGAGGAACAUGUCGCAAUCCAUGUCCAUCCUGCCCGCUAAGAACACCCCGCUGAGCGGCAGCCUAUCGUCUGGGCUCAACGCGGACGCCUCCGAAGGUAAGAAGAAAUUCAAGUUCAUGAAACACAAGCGCUCCGGCAGCUCGGACAGCAAAGAGUCGUCGUCGUCGUCGUCUCAGAAACGUGCAGCUGUGGAAAAGAGCAACCUGUGCAUCAAUGGGAGUCACGUUUACUGCGAGGAACCUUCGCCGCGCACCGCUCGCAUCGGUUCCAACUUCAGUCUGGCCAGCUCGGGACGCGGCUCCAUGGAGGACGUUCCGGAAAGCUCCCCGCCGUCGCUCGACUCGCUCCCGGCGAUAAGGCAGCACACGCCCUGGGAGGAGGAAGAGGAGGAGGAGGAGGAACAGGAAGAAAAGAGCAACGAGGAUGUGGACACCAAGGAGGAGAUGGAAGCGAGAGAAGAGUCGGACGGGUCCGCUUAUAAAGUGAGGAUUUACGGGGAGAGGGAUGAAGAGAAGGCCACGAUUGAGGAAGAAGAAGAAGCGAGAAGACAAGAUCUGGAGAAGAGGAGACAGGAGGAGGAGGAGAAGACGAGAAGAGAAGAACUGGAAAGAGUAACAAUGGAAAAGAGGAGAAGAGAGGAAGAAGAGAGAUUAGAAGAGGAAAAGAGAAGACGGGAGGAAGAGGAGAGGAAAAGAGAGGAAGAGGAGAGGAGGAGAAGGGAAGAACUGGACAGAUUAGAAGAGGAAAAGAGAAGACAAGAGGAAGAGGAGAGGAAAAGAGAGGAAGAGGAGAGGCUGAGAAGAGAAGAACUGGAAAGAGUAACAAUGGAAAAGAGGAGACGGGAGGAAGAGGAGAGGUUGAGAAGAGAGGAACUGGACAGACUAGAAGAGGAAAAGAGAAGACAAGAGGAAGAGGAGAGGAAAAGAGAGGAAGAGGAGAGGUUGAGAAGAGAAGAACUGGAAAGAGUAACAAUGGAAAAGAGGAGACAGGAAGAAGAGCAGAGGAAAAGAGAGGAAGAGGAAAGGAGGAGAAGCGAAGAACUGGAAAGAUUAGAAGAGGAAAAGAGGAACUUGGUCCAGAAUUGUCUGGUACGGAAUGAGUUUAAUUGGACGCAAAGCCAAGAGUCGCAGGACUUCUUCUACUGUAAGAAGAAAUUCAAGUUCAUGAAACACAAGCGCUCCGGCAGCUCGGACAGCAAAGAGUCGUCGUCGUCGUCGUCUCAGAAACGUGCAGCUGUGGAAAAGAGCAACCUGUGCAUCAAUGGGAGUCACGUUUACUGCGAGGAACCUUCGCCGCGCACCGCUCGCAUCGGUUCCAACUUCAGUCUGGCCAGCUCGGGACGCGGCUCCAUGGAGGACGUUCCGGAAAGCUCCCCGCCGUCGCUCGACUCGCUCCCGGCGAUAAGGCAGCACACGCCCUGGGAGGAGGAAGAGGAGGAGGAGGAGGAACAGGAAGAAAAGAGCAACGAGGAUGUGGACACCAAGGAGGAGAUGGAAGAGGAAGAGGAGAGGAGGAGAAGGGAAGAACUGGACAGAUUAGAAGAGGAAAAGAGAAGACAAGAGGAAGAGGAGAGGAAAAGAGAGGAAGAGGAGAGGCUGAGAAGAGAAGAACUGGAAAGAGUAACAAUGGAAAAGAGGAGACGGGAGGAAGAGGAGAGGUUGAGAAGAGAGGAACUGGACAGACUAGAAGAGGAAAAGAGAAGACAAGAGGAAGAGGAGAGGAAAAGAGAGGAAGAGGAGAGGUUGAGAAGAGAAGAACUGGAAAGAGUAACAAUGGAAAAGAGGAGACAGGAAGAAGAGCAGAGGAAAAGAGAGGAAGAGGAAAGGAGGAGAAGCGAAGAACUGGAAAGAUUAGAAGAGGAAAAGAGGAGACAGGAGGAAGAGGAGAGGAAAAGAGAGGAAGAGGAGAGGAGGAGAAGCGAAGAACUGGAAAGAUUAGAAGAGGAGAAGAGAAGACAGGAGGAGAGGAUGAGAAGGCAAGAACUGGCGAGAUUAGAAGAGGAAAAGAUGAGACGGGAGGCAGAAGAGAGGAGAAGGGAUGAAGAGAAGGCAAGAAAGGAGGAAGAGGAGAGGAUCAGGAGACAAGAGGAGGAGCGAGAACGAUUAGCAGAGGAAAAGAGACGGGAGGAAGAGUUGAAGAGGAAAGAAGAGAUGCUGGAGAGAAUAGCGACGGAAAAGUGGAGGAGAGAGGAAGAAGAGAGGAUUCGGAGAGAAGAGCGGGAGCGGCUGGCGGAGGAGAAGCGACGAGCCGAGGAGGAGAGGAAGCGAGAGGAAGAGUCGGAAAGGUUAGAAGAAGAAAAGUUGAGGCGGGAGGAAGAGCGCAGGCGCCAGGAGGAAGAGAAGGCAAGAAGGGAAGAAGACGAGCGCGAACAGUUGGCCGAGGAGCAGCGGAGACUCGAAGAGGAGAGAAGGAAUGAAGAGACGGCGAGAAAAGAGGAAGAGGAGCGAUUGAGAAGACGGGAGGAAGAGAAGCAACGGUUAGCGGAGGAAGAGGAGGAGCGGCGGCGGCGGCUGGCGGAAGAGGAGCGAACGACGGAGGAGGAGCGGGAGGGAAGGCGGAGACAAGAGGAGCACUUGGCAAAAGAGAAGAGACGGGAGGAAGAGGCCAGAGAGGCGCAGGAGAACGCUUGCCAAGCCGAAAGGGAGGCGGAAACGCUUGAGGAGCAACAGAGGAGAGAAAAGCAGGAAGAGGAAAUCGGAAAACUUGCCGAGGAGGAGGAGGAACAGCGAAGGGUCGAGGAUGCGAGGAGGGAAGACGAGCGGAACAAGUCGGAGGAGGAGGAAGAAAAGCAACAGCAGGAGCGAGAACCCAGCGCGAAAACAGAGGAGGAGCGAGAGAGGAGAUGGGACGACGACGACGAGAGGAGGAAGGAACCGAGCGCGAGGGAAGACGAAGCAGAGGAACGGAAUCACCCUCAAAACGCGGCGGUUGAAAAACACGUCCGAGAAAAGGAGGUGAAAACCGCCAGCGUUCCCCCGCGGCGCUCGGUGCAGACCGCGCCCCCUCGGAGCACAUCUCCCACCGACGAGCCAAAAGGCGGCGCCUUCAAACACGCCAAACGUCCCGCGCCGUCAAUACCCGCUGCUGAAUCCAAGACCGUCCCAGUUGUGCGCAGCUUAAAUCCGUUUGAUGAUGAUGAUGAUGAUGAUGAUGAAGCAAACGUCGCACAAAAUGAAGCAUCCUCCUCCGGUCGUGGCGGCUCAGCGUCAUGGCCUCUGCCCGUGUCGCAAACUCCCGAUUCAGACGGCGCUUCUCAAAGCAAAGUGAAAUCUUCGAAAGCGGCCCGUGCGCCCGCGCCCCCCGCCGAGACCGCCGCUGCAUUGGACGCGCCGAGCGCCGUACCCGUUGACACGAAAACCCAAGCGCCCAAAGCUGGUCAGGCUUUGCAGAACCGGGAGAGUCCACCAAAGGAGCCGAUGCAGCGCGGGCAGGAUGGGGGCCAAAAGAAAGAAGCGCCUCCCGCACCUUCGCGCAGACUUCAGCCUGUGAAACCGCUCAGUGCUCAGGAGCAGCAUCCUGUCACGGAGGUCCAAGUCGAAAAAGAGAAAUCGGGGGCCAAUGUCGGUCAAGUUGAGGUAAAAGUCAGCAAGGAGAAGGGGCCGUACUCGAUGCUCACCCGGGAAGAACUCAUCUCUCUCGUGGUGAAGCAGGAGAAGCAACUUCGGGACAAGGACAAAAAGAUAGCGGAGCUGGAGCAGUACAUCGACGACUUACUUGUGCGCGUCAUGGAAGAACAACCAAGCAUUCUCAUGUCUCUGAAAAAAGUCAUCUAG